AAGAAAUCCUGCUGUAGGCUACAGAGCCCGUCCUAUAAUUUUUCAGUCUAUGAAACGGGGCCCACUCAAUUCUUCCAGAUUGUACUGGAUGCUUCUUCCCUUCUAAUCCCCACCGUCGAACACAACGCCGCACUCAAAUAUUCAAACUCCUCGGCCUUUCCCAGCUCUCUAUCCGUCUCCGGUCUCCUCUUCAUCCCAAAAAAAAAAAAAAAAAAAAAAAGAAAAAAGAAAAAACCUAAGAACACAAAUUAAAAAUUCCAGAAAUAGUUUUGAGGAAAAAAAAAAUGUUUGGGGUCGUCUUCCCGAAUCGCAGCUUCCCAAUGGACAUCUCCUCCUUCUCCCAAAUCGACACCUUCCACUGGAUUCUCGACAUGAACACCUUCGUCGGGGAGGCGUACGAUCAAGUCCACGAGCUGUGCAUAUUCCUCUUAAACAACUUCACACUCCCGCCGGACAAAGCCCUAGCCGUCUACAUCCAGUCCCCGGGCUCCGCUUUCUUCUUCUGUGGCGCCGUCACCGUGGCUAGGCCUUCGGCGGUGCUUUCUCUGCCCUGGCCCGAGCCCGGCGGCCAGCUUCAGCUCACAGCCGACGCGACACCACUGUCGGCCAAAAUUGGCGUGUCGGUGGAGGACCUGGCGACGCUGCCGUCGUUGGACGUCACCGCCGAGAAGCGAAUCGAGCGGCUGGCGAUGAAGGUUGGGGAGAAUCUGUUCAAUUUCAUGCAGUCGUUUUGCGGCGUGGAUGGGAGCAAGCUGGUGGUGCCGAUGGACAUAUUGGACCGGUGGUUCAAGAAGUUUCAGGAGAGGGCUAAGCGCGAUCCCGAGUACUUGAAAGGCUUCGCUUUGUAAUUUUGUGUUAGGCAGUAGAAGAAUAGAUCGAUUUGGGUUCUGAAUUAGAAGCAAUGUGAAUUUGUAUAGAAUUCCGGCAGGGUGUGCAGAUGGAGUUGAAUGCUGGUGACGACAAUGGUAGCUUGUUUGAGUGGUGGUUAGGAAUUUUGAAUGCCAGUGCUGAAAAGUACGGCAUUAUGGAUGGUAUAUGUUUGUUAGUUUGAAUUUGAUUGCGAGAAACCGACUAAUCAGAGAUCUGUGCCGGAGUUGUUACUUUUCUGUUCCCUUUAGAAUUUACUUUGCCUGAAUUUCCUCACUCAUGUCAUGUAAUGACAACUAUGUUUUGAUAAGAAGCUCAGGCAAAAACUCAAUGGAAUGGAAUGGAGUAGAGCUCGGCCAAAUUUUAGGAUUAAGAUUAUAAUAUGGUUGAUUUAGGAGA